CACACACACACACACACACACUCACAUACAAACACACACUUCUCUCGGCUGGACGGCUGGAAGCGCACAGAGACAGAAGAUGGUGGCGGCUGCUGCUGCCACCGUGUUGCCCGCUGCGCCUGGAUUGCGCGCACAGCGUUUUUGCGCACGUGUAGACGCCGGUGCGGCACACAAAUUGUGAUCAGAUAACCCGGUAAUAGGACAAUUCUAUCUCUCACUGUGGACGGCACAAGGGAUGGAAAGGCAGGACGGUGCAGCAGCAGCCCUAAUCUAGCCUAUCAUUUGAAUCUUGAAUCACCUGGAGGUAUGACGAUAUUCUUUGUAUCCUGCCCAAUUAAUCAAAGUGGCCGUAUGAAGGCAGCGCUGUGCUUUAGCCUGUGGGACUGUGCUACUGGGGGGAGUGGGGAGGAGGUGGAGACCUUUUAAUUAGCCCUACUUUCUCCGGGGCUUUCGUCGUCUGGCGAUUACAGGGGGGACCAAGCUGUCGUGGGCAAACUUUACUUCAUAUACCAGGAAGGACUGGACUCCACGCUGCCUGCUCCAGGGGUCUGUUUGUCUUCGCAGAUUUCCGUCUGAGACACCACACAGCCGGGAAUGGUCAGGAUAUUAAGACAAUCUGGAUAUUUUCCUUCUUGGGGCGCACUGACGAUGAAUUGGCCACAGUUUGGAUGUGAAUACCAAAGCAGCGCUAACAAAACACUGAUUUAAGACUGGCUGGGCUAUAGCCUUGAGAGGCGCGCGAAUCUGUGGAGUGGUCAUUGCCGUCUGAGCUCUUGCAGUAACGCCGAAUAGUUCAUUCGCAUCGCAUCUCGCUCCUGCAGAACUCCGUGCACAAAAUAUCUGCCGAGUUCGGAGACGCAGUGACUGUGGAGACUCUGGAGUGGAAAGCCAGGCGAGGACGGGGCGCCGUCCAUGAGUGUGUUGGCGAUUAGGCCCUGCGGCAAGGAGCGUGGGGGUAUAAAAAUAAAAACUCAAGUGGCAUGAUCCCUGUAUCCGGUGUUAACCUACGCCUUAAUUUUAACCGCUGACCUUUUGGAUCGACACAGCAAACGACAAAAGCUCGAACCACUGCGUCCGACUGGCCCUGGAUGAAGUUUUGCUCAGUCAUGUAAACUUCACAUGGUUUAGUUCACUUGACAUCGACGUGUAUGGAAGUAGAAGCGUGGGUAACUGAGUGGAUAAGCGGAAUUGGACACGCACCAGCAAUGAAAGCGGGCUGAGCAAACACACUGAGUACAUAACAACUUGACAGAAUUGAAUCUGGGUUUUUUAGACACAUUUUGAGAGCACCUUAAAAUAACUUAUCCUCUCAGUCCUAUUUGUGUGUGUAUGUGUGUAUUUUUCAGCAUUUUCCCGUACUCACAGUAUUGUGUAAUUCUGUCCGUUUGGCCAAAUAGUUUCCAAUGAAUGAAGCAAAGAGCUGGCUGCCUCGGCAGAGGAGGCACUGGGUGAACCUUGCAGUUUCAAGUGCGUCGAGUCAAAACAUCGGGAAUGCAGAGGAAUGCAGGGAUUGACGUCAAGAAUGGCAGAAAUGAACUACUCAGAAACUUUGGAUGGUCUGCUGGUGUUUCUGCAGCCAGAGCACAGAGUGUGAUUUUUCUCUCAAACUUUUUCCCCAACCCUUCCUUUUUUUUUUUUUUUUUUUUUAAAUUCUAAAGAUUGAACAAUCAUACUGUGUGGCCGCAACUUUUUGCCUUACUUCAUUUGUGUUUCCCGAGAAAUAACUGUGCCUUCUGCCUAGUUUUGGGGUUUUUGUAAUUUUUUUCUUUUCUAUAGAUUAGAAGAAAACAUGGCAUCCCCCCAGCAUCAGCAACUGUUGCCUCACAACACAGAAGUGAGCUGUGACUCAAGUGGAGAUGGAGGCGUCUCGGUGAGAAUUGGCAGUAGUGUCAAACACAAGCAUGGAGGCGGGCCGCUGGGUUCAAUCGGGGGAGGCUUCAUUGGCGGAGCCAAGCACUGCAAGUACAGCAUUUCCUCUAGCUGUAGCUCUGGGGAGUCCGGAUUGAGGAGGCCGGUGGUCAAGAGUUUUCGUUCUCACAAAAAGAUGCCACAGCUUUUUGAGAGAUCUGCCGGCCAUUUCUGGGACCCAAAGUUUGACUCUUCUAUCCUGGAGGAGGCCUGUAGAGAACGGUGUUUCCCUCAGACCCAGAGACGCUUCCGUUUUGUGCUUUUUUACCUCCUAGCAGCUGCUUUACUCUGGGGAGUUUACUUUGCUGCCAACCCUUCCCGCUGUGAUAGGGUUGCUUUUCUCGUCCCCACUGCUUCCUUCCUCCUUUUCUGCUUCCUCCUCUUCCUCUUAACGUUUACCAAACUGUACUCUCGCUGCUACAACCAAGCAUCUCUGCUCCUCAUCCUUGUAACCUUCAUACUGACCCUGGCCCCCCAGAUUCAGACAUCUGGCUUCAAGGACCCUGAGUCUCCAGCACCUACACUUGAUGUGGAAGAAUUCAGUGGAAUAGGGCCCACAUACAACAUGUCAUAUGAAAAAUUUGUGGGAGAUAGCAACUGGUGUCCCUGUCUUUCUCCUGUAGGCACCUUCUCCCUUUGCAUUGAGGUUCUUCUGUUGCUAUAUAGCGUCCUCCACGUUCGUCUCUAUGCCUCUGUCCUCCUUGGGUUUCUCUACUCCAUCUUUUUUGAGAGUUUGGGAUGGCUGCAACUGACUCAGGUAGGCGAGAAGUGGAGCUUAGCCGCCCCAUCAGAUUGGGAUACUCUAAGGUGGUUGGGCCCAGCAAAAGCCUUGCUUCAUCUCUGCGCUCACGCCAUCGGUAUGCACCUGUUCAUCAUGUCUGAGGUGCGGUCGCGGAGCACCUUCCUUAAGGUCGGACAAGCUAUCAUGCACGGCAAAGACCUGGAAGUGGAGAAAGCCUUGAAGGAACGAAUGAUCCACUCUGUUAUGCCCAGAAUCGUGGCUGAUGAGCUCAUGAAGCAGGGCGAUGACGACAUAGGUGAUCAUUCUGUUAAACGGUACUCCACCAGCGGGGCUGCUGCUGCCAUCUCCAGCCCUAAAAACAAUAAACGCAAGAAAACCUCCAUCCCCCGAGGCCAGAUCAUCUUCAGGCCCUUCAACAUGAAACGGAUGGAGCCUGUCAGCAUCCUUUUUGCAGAUAUUGUGGGCUUCACCAAAAUGUCUGCCAACAAAUCUGCUCAUGCCCUCGUCGGACUUCUUAAUGACUUGUUCGGACGAUUUGAUAGACUUUGUGAGCUCACUGGCUGUGAAAAGAUCAGCACUCUAGGAGACUGUUACUACUGUGUGGCCGGGUGUCCCGAGCCCCGACCAGAUCACGCCUAUUGCUGUGUGGAGAUGGGCCUGGGCAUGAUUCAGGCUAUUGAACAGUUCUGCCAGGAGAAGCGGGAGAUGGUGAACAUGAGGGUGGGAGUCCACACUGGCACAGUACUGUGCGGCAUCCUGGGCAUGAAGCGCUUCAAGUUCGACGUUUGGUCAAACGAUGUCAACCUGGCCAACCUGAUGGAGCAACUAGGCGUUGCUGGGAAGGUGCACCUAUCACACGCCACUGCCAAAUUCCUGGAUGAACGCUACCAGCAUGAGGACGGACAGGUCAUGGAGAGAAUAGGACAGAGUGUGGUGGCUGACCAGCUCAAAGGCCUAAAGACCUAUCUGAUUUCUGGCAGGAAGAUGGAGGCUCAUUCCGUCUGUACCUGUUCCCAAAUAGGAUUAGCUGGGACGGAGCAAGCAGAUCCUUGCUGUCCCACGUCCAGAGUGCACACGCCUGAUGGAGCCCCUUCGGCCUGCACCCUUCCCCAAGACAGAGCCAAGUCCCCCUGUCUUUCCUGCAGCGUGGCACUGAUAGCAGGGGAGGAUCAGGUCCUGGAAGAAGGCAUGGUGCACAAUGGCUGCCAUGACGACCACAAGACCAACAGUGGCAAGGAUGCCUCAAAUUUGAAGUGCUCCCCAGUGAUUUCUGCAGGCUGCAACCCCAAGGCUUUAAACGGGUUGCUUAGUCCUCGAUUAGAAGCUUUGACCAACAGCCAGACGUCACUGUGUGAGAUGCUGCAGGAGAAGGAGAAGAAGACAUGGAGCGGAGGAGCCAUGGGGAUGGAUCAUUCAGCGCUCUUACCUCUGCGAUCCAAGAACUUCAGGGAGAGGAGUGAUGCUCACUUUGUAGAUGUUAUCAAAGAAGAUAGUCUCAUGAAGGACUAUUUUUACAAACCUCCAAUAAACAAGCUGAGCCUCACCUUCCUGGAGAAGAGCCUGGAGUCUGCGUACCGGAUAAGCUACCAGGAGGAGGUCGAGACCCAAGCAGCAGUGCAGACAUUUGCCAGCCCAACAUUCAGUUCUUUCCUGGACAUGCUCCUGUGCUGUUUAGUAUUUCUGGCUCUUUCAUUGGCCUGUUUCCUUCAACCGCUUGUUACCCAGCAGAACCCAUCCACACUGGCACUCAUUCUCACAGCUGUAGCCACAAUUUUGGAGGUCCUGGCUCUGCUGAUUGCCAUACGCAUGGCUUUUUAUCUGGACAGUGUGCUGACCUGCACUCGAGUGCUGAUGACGGCCAUGUCAGGCUGGAUAGCACGCCACUUUAUAGGAGCUGUCCUGGUGUCCCUGCCUGCUGUGGCAGUAUUCUCCCAUGUCGCUUGUGACAUGCAUCACUCCAUUCAGUUUACCAUGUUCAUCUGCUGUGCUGUCAUCAUAGCUAUUAUUCAGUAUUGUAACUUCUGCCAGCUCAGCUACUGGAUGCGCUCAACACUAGCAACACUGGUGGGACUGGCACUGCUGGCUUUGCUCUUCAGCUCCCCCUGCAGUGUCACUAAGAGUCUGUUUUUCUGGUCUGAUGGCCAGAACAACAGCAGCAGCAACAGCAACACCUCCAUUGUCAUGUCUGACAGCCCACUGGAACUUGACCCACAGACCCACCCACAGGACCUUCUCGGCCGUGAGGCCUGUGUGGCCUUUUUCCUCCUCCUUCUCUUGGUCUGGUUUCUUAACCGUGAAUUUGAGGUCAGUUACCGUCUGCAUUACCAUGGCAAUGUGGAAGCUGAUCAACACCGCAUCAAGAUCCAGAACAUGAGGGACCAGGCCGACUGGCUGCUACGCAAUAUCAUUCCCAUACAUGUGGCCGAGCAGCUCAAGGUUACCCAGAGCUACUCCAAGAACCAUGACAAUGUGGGUGUAAUAUUUGCCAGUAUUGUUAACUUUAGUGAAUUUUAUGAAGAAAGCUAUGAAGGAGGUAAGGAGUGCUAUCGUGUCCUCAACGAGCUGAUUGGAGACUUUGAUGAGCUCCUACGGAAGCCCGUCUUUGCUAAUAUAGAAAAGAUCAAGACCAUUGGUGCCACUUACAUGGCGGCAGCAGGACUCAACGCUCAGCAGUGUGCAGAUGCAGCACAUCCUCACGCCCACCUCCGAGCUCUUUUUGAAUUUGCCCUUGAAAUGAUGCGUGUGGUGGAUGACUUUAACAAGAACAUGUUAGGGUUUGGCUUUAAGCUUCGUAUUGGAUUUAAUCACGGGCCUCUAACAGCAGGCGUAAUUGGCACCACCAAGCUUCUUUAUGAUAUCUGGGGCGACACGGUCAACAUUGCCAGCCGCAUGGAUACCACAGGCGUGGAGUGUCGUGUCCAGGUCAGCGAAGAGAGUUACUGUGUUCUUAGCGGCAUGGAUUACGAGUUUGAUUAUCGCGGCACAGUUAAUGUCAAGGGCAAAGGUCAGAUGAAGACCUUCCUUUAUCCUAAAAGCAGCGAUAGUGGCCCGGUGCCUCAGUACCAGCUCUCAGUCUCUCCAGAGAUCCGAGCACAGGUGGAUGGCAGCAUCGGGCGCUCACCCACUGACGAAAUUGCAAGCAUGGUCCCUGCAACCAGCACCACUGCAAGCAGUACUAAUACUAUGGUACCCAGUGCCAGCACUGGUUCCCCUAGUACGACAGGGCUUACUCACGUGAAAGAGGUAGAUAGCCGUGAAAGACGUCCCACUGCAGAAACUUCUGCUGCCAGGCGAUCAAAGUCUCACACUGGCCUGACAUCUGUACAUAUAACCAAUCUUGAAGGACCCCCUUCUUUGUCAGAAAACAAACAACUUAUCAUCUCAGCCCAGCAGGAUACAUCCCAAAGGUCAACAAAUCCCCUGAAGGAUAUCAAGAAGGACAAUUACGAGGAUGAAACUGGCGGUAAUGUUGGCGAGUUAACCAGACUCUAGAAAUCGUCAAGUGUGCCGCUUUCAUCAUCAAUCCUCUACCCUUUAAGCUCUCAUUCCUUCCAGCUGGCAUGUGUAGAAUCACUGUACAUUUGGUCCUACUUCAGUUGGCGAUGGAGGAUGUGAAAAGACCCCAAGCUCUCGCCUCACCAGCCAAGAAGCAAGUUGUUUUUUUUGUGUGUGUUUGUGACAAUAUAGCCAUUUUCACACAUGCACUGCAGUACAUAAUUUUUACUAGACAUUACCCAAUUGAGCUGCAUAUAGGAGCACAAACAUUUGAUCAGACUUCAAAUUGGCUUUCCACAGUAAGCUCCUUAUAGCACAAAGUGUAGGCAAUGUCCAGUUGGGCCUGUGUAAAGAUAGAAAAGGCACUUAUCCUGAGAAUUCGUGGCAAAGGAUGGACGUUAUGUGUCCUGCUUCUUGCACAUGCUAAGAAAGCAGCACCUUAAUCUAAACCAAAAGGAGUAUUUCCAGCAGCGUGAAGUGGACUAUCACCUGCAGCAUGUGAGAAGGGACAAUUGUAGAUGUUCCGGUGGGAUACAUGUGUGAAAACGGCUCACGGUUGGCUGAUGUUAUCAAGAGUGGAGGGUGGACCACAAAGAUGGUCUUAGGCAGUAACGCACAAGAAAAGGGAAAAUGUGACAGCUGACUCUGGACCUUCUCUUGCCUGUCGCAGAUCCCAUUAUCUGCCAUUAACUUAUUUGAUUAUCUUUAAACCUUUAAUCUUGAUUAUUUCUUUCAUAUGUCUUUUUAAGUGCCUUUAGAGUAGAAUAUUAUGUAGACUAAGCCUUUAUAAAUAAGGGAAUAACAACAUAAAGGGAAAAUUGUAAAUUAGAAAGCUUUUUGGGAAGAAAAGCUUUGCUUUUGUUACAGGUUUACUUUUUAAACUAUGUUUUGCUAUGAUAAUUUUGCCUUUUAUUAAAAAGAAAAGCAACAAUGUGUAAAACAUCACAAUAUGUGACAAGCGAAGGGCAAAAUUAUGUACGAGUAAAAAAAAAAUGCACCGCACUAAAAUCCUGCAGAGCCUGUGUCCAUGUUGUUCUUGAAAACCAGAAAACGCAUCAGGAAAGGCACAACUGGAACAAAUCGGUACAGGCUAAAGGCAGACGAGGCUGAGCUGUGAGUUGUCGAGUGAGUGUAUUGCUCUUAUGCAGUGUGUGUCUGUAUAGUAAGAUCACUUAGGCUUUAAUAAGGGGAGGUGCCUAUGAGUUACUCAAAUGACUGAAACUGCAGGUUUACAAAUAGAAACUUGUUUGCUGAUGUGGCAGCUUUUUCUCUGGCCUCAGUUAAGAUCUUUGCAUUGCCUCAGCACUGAGGCAUGAUGGUCUAAACUGCAUUUAAUCAGCAUGCUCGCAGCAUCAUAGGCUAACUGCUACUAGUGUUUGUGCCCUCUGCACAUCCAGACUCUUGUAGGAGCUCAAACUAUCUAACUGUGUUUAGUGAGUAUUUUAAUGGGUCCUACAAGAUGCUGGCGUACCUAUAGAGUGUCUUAAAUUGUGUCUUAAUUUCUUUUUUUUUAGAUGGAUUAGAGAAUAAAACUGCCUGGGUUAGCUAUGGAUUACACUGUGUGCUAGUUGAUUGUGUUUUAGGACAUGGAUGAUCAAAGUGGAAUGUCACAAUAAAAAUGUGUUUAAUAGUGUUAAUUGUUACACAAAACUUGAACUUUCUAUCUGAGGCGUCUUAAUCUACUUUCUGUUAUCUAAAGGACAUUACUGGAUGCAAACAUCUGGACACUUUUACAGCUUCAUACUUUCAGUGACAUGAAAACUUUACAUAACGGCAUUGUAAAUGCAAACGGCAGUGCACCAAAAGGUAUUUCAUAGAAGGGUCUCUGUGCUUUUCGCUUUCCCUUUAAUUUUUUCUAUCUAUAAUGUCAGAACAGUUUUCAUCUCUCUUUCUGUUACAUUUUCUUUCUUCUGCUGUUUAAAAAAAAAGGAUUGUGUGCUCAGACGUAAAAAUGGUUUCACCAGUGCACCAUUUCUUGACCUGAACUCUUAAGUAAUAGAACAAGCGUUGCAAAUAAAAGGAAUUCAUCAUCAAGUAAUUUAUGUAAGCUGCUAUAGCUAACAACACCUUAAUAGUUAAAUAGUUUGCUCGCAUUGUUUUCUAAGUGUGGAGUUAGGGUAGCUUGUGCCUUUUAAAUUUAAACAUGUCAUAUUUUAAAGUUAGUUCUGUUGCUUUUCAUUUCUCAAGACACUUAAUAUUGAUCAGAAUUUAAAAUACUGACGCUUGUGCUUGAAUCAUUUAAUUUGAUAAAAUAUUGAAAGAUGAGAUUUCAGCAGUGCCUUUUCUUGACAUCUAUAAGUAAAUAUAAAUAUGCCAAAUAUGUGACAUUAUUUGGAUUUAUUGCGGUUUUUAAAUUCCUUUUUCUCUUUUAUUUUAUAAUAUUAUAAUAAUUUACUCAUGCAGUUGGUUUAAAUGUAACAACAAUGGUUUAAAAGGGAAAAUAACCUUCCUUUGCUUAUGAGCACACAACCCUUAACACCAUUCCAUUUUUUUUUUUGUUUUUUUUACACUGUAAUAAAGGGAAUAACCAUUACUGUUCAUGGUUAAACACUUAAUAGUGGUCAUAAUUCGUGAGUGUUGAGCUACCUUUUUAAAUGGAAUUUUCCUUAAUAAUUUUGAUAAGCCCUGUUGAAUAAGCUGUUUGUUUGUUUUUUUUACUCUGAACAGGUGAAAAUCUGAAAGGUGUGUUGACUCACACAUUUGACAUGCCUUCUUUUUCCCUUGUGUCACCGCAAACAUGAGCGCAUCUUUUGAUUUGCUGUGAUUUAAUGAGAUGUGAGUGGCAUUCUGAAUCAGCAGAAUGGCACAAAUAUUAAUGCCAAAGAGUGUCAUUGCCAUCUCUUGGAUUUUCUCUUUUUGUUGUCUUCUUAAUUUGCAGGUAUUUUGUGCACACUUUGCAGUCAUCAUAUACUAACUGGUAAAGGCACUCAUUUUUUAAUGUGCGGUAUGCGUUUAUAUUGUAUAGUAUCUGAGCAUUUUCUAGAAUUUAUAUAAGCGCAUGUAUUAGAAUAUUACUUGUCUUAAGAACUGGGUAAUUUUAACAAUGUUGGAAUAAUACUUGCAUGUGUGUUUAAAAAAAUGUGUGCAUUUGUAAAACUUUGUGAUUGUGUGUAUUUUGGAAGAGAUGCUCCUAUCCUAGCAGGAAUGUGAACAGCGAGGCUUCAGUUGGUAGAGAUUUAAGUUCCUUUUUAAUCCAAACUAGCCAAAUAAAACUGUGGAGACGUUUCAAGACCUCUCUGGUUGGUAGUAUUGAAAAGUAGCCCGCUGUCGAUCCCUCUAAGUUUUAAAGGGGACCUAUUAUGCUCUUUUCUGGGUCAUUAUUUAGAUUUUUGCACUCUAGUAAAGUAACUUUGGAUGACUCACAGUUCUUUAUCACCUUUACCCUACGCUAUAUGGACACAUUACACCUACAAGAGCUGCUCAGCCAUGUAAACUGAUUUCAUGAAGCUCCCAGUUAACAGUUUUUGUGCUGAUGUUAAUGCAAGAAGAGGUUUGGGACUCUGCAGUUACUGAGUCAGCAGUAGAAAGUGUCUGAAACCUGAACUUUGGGCUUAAAGUGAAUUUUUUUUUUCUUUUGUACAUCAACCUCAUUAUUCAAAACUUUUUGGUUAGUGUGUCUGAUAUUGUAACAUAAAACAAUUAUAUAUGAGAGAAAAGAAGAAAAGCAUAAUGGGUCCACUUCUAUGAACUGUUGCUUUCUUUGGAUAUGUUUUUGUAUAUAGCACGCUAACAGGUGAAGUUAAAUUUAAUAAUAAAUAAAGUCAGUUGCUGGGAAA